AUGUCCAAGGACAUUGCCGACCCGGGACUCGAUACAGUCUGGUCUUUGAUCGAAGAUGCCUUCAAAUACAGCAACAGCGAGUGUACAACCAUUGACUCAGCUCGGAGCCUCAAGGACUUCUUUUGUGAGCGGCUCGCCGACGGAGAUUUACCUCAGGAUCAACAGGCCCGUGUUCUCCUACUAGCGGAGAUGUGGGGUUCCUUUAUCGGAGAUUCCUGGGAACGGCAAAGCCUCAAGUGGUUUUGGCUUGAGGAAUGCCUUGAUGGUGAGAAUCUCUACGUCAUGGAGAACCAUAGCACCAUUCUUCAGGCCGUUGCCGCGACGGCCCAGGCACGUGCUGAUAUUCAUCUGUCUGCUGUGGUAACAAGCAUUGAAAGCACAUCAAGCGAGCCUCAUGAUACCAAAGUCAUAGUGAGGACAUCUGAUGACGUUUUUGAGUUCGACGAGGUGGUGGUAACAGUUCCAUUGGGUUGUCUGAAGAGUGGGAAACCCUCUUUCACUCCUCCCUUGCCGCCGCGCGUCCAGAUGGCAGUCAGGAAUGCCUCCUACAGCAGUCUUGAGAAGGUUUAUAUUACUUUUCCGGUCGCAUUUUGGGAUGGCUAUGCAGCAUCCAACAAAAACCAGCAACCGAAUUGCACGCCGCAUCUUGACGAACGCCAGGUACACCAGGAAGCAGACGGCGUCUUCCCCAGCUUUGCCCACUUUUUGAACCCAGAGUACGUGCCCACCGAUCAGAGACACUGGCCCAUCGAGAUGGUUCCUUUGUCCUCACCGGUAGUAUUCGGAUCUCAUGCCAAACCAACGCUCCUCAUAUACACGUAUGAUCCUUGUGCGGAGUAUGUACUUUCUCUUAUCCAGGGUCUGACUCCCGAAAGCACCGAAUACUUCGAUGUCCUAGACCGUUUCUUUCAACCUUACUAUAGCCGUCUUCCAAACUACCAAGGAGGUCAUGCGAACUGUGUGCCCUCGGCCAUUCUCGCCACGAAUUGGCACGGGGACGACUUGGCAGGGAACGGAUCUUACACCAACUUUCAGGUCAGCGAGAGCACGAACAAGCCAGCGACGAAGGAGCAGAAUGGUACGAGGGGGAACGGAAGCCACCAAGACCAGGAGAUCCAUCUGGAUCUCGACGCCCAAGUAAUGCGGGCUGGACUGCCCGAACGAGGCAUCUGGUUCGCCGGUGAGCAUACUGCACCGUUCAUAGCCUUGGGUACCACGACCGGCGCGUACUGGAGUGGGGAAGCCGCCGCGCUGCGUAUCCUAGCCGCGAAUGGGCUCAAAAGAGGAGCUACUGUACCUUGCGCCGAGGCAGCUGCCUGA